UGAACUGAACUGAACAGACGUAAAUGAAUGACAUGAUUAUGGGACUUUGUUCGCGUUUUUAAUUCAUUUUGCUUUCGCAACUCGUCAUUUCCUCACAAGUAGUAUAGUGCAUUAGUUUGUUAGAGAGAAUAAAGUGCAGUUUUGCAUUACGCAUUGAUUAUAAGCAACUCGGUGAAAUUUGCAUAGUGCAUCUUCUGUUCCGCAAAAGGGGAGUAUUAUGUAUUAUACAUUACGAUGGUUGCUUGAAUACAGUUUCAAUUUGGCAAGAUGAUCAGAUAAGCGUUGAAUAUCAAUAGGCUUUGGACGCACCGAAAAUUAUUCUUAUCACCUUUAGUUUACCUAACAGUUGAUUGAUUCCGUACAGUCGGGCGUCGCUUUCGAAUAUUGCUACCGCCGAGCUUAUACGCAAAUCGCACAGUUUGCGGGUUGAAAGUCGAAUUAAUUUUUAGUUGUGCACAAAAAGAAGUUUUUGUUUGCAUCGUCAGCGCGUUAUUGAAUGAUUUAAGUUAAGUACGAGGCGAUAUAACAAUGGCCGGCAUGUUGUCACUAAUCAAACAGUCAACGUUGGUGCAUCUUUGUUUUGCCAUAUCAUACUUUACAUCUGGAUUAGUCAUCAACUCGGUACAGGCCGUAUUGUAUUUUGGACUGAAGCCGUUCAACAAACGACUUUAUAGGAAAAUAGGAUACUAUUUGUGUUACUCCUUCUACUGUCAACUAGUUUUCUUAGCCGAUUGGUGGUCUGGCUCGACGUUGUACGUAUACAUUAGCGAUGAAGAUUUGAAAUACUGCGGCAAAGAGCACGUCCUGCUUCUUAUGAAUCACACGUAUGAGAUUGAUUGGCUUGUUGGUUGGAUGUUCUGCGAGAAAGUCGGUGUGUUGGGUAACUGUAAAGCCUAUGCGAAAAAAGCUAUCCAAUACAUCCCAGCGAUUGGCUGGGCUUGGAAAUUCGCAGAGUUUGUUUUUCUGGAGCGGUCGUACGAUAAGGAUAAGGAAAUCAUAGGACUCCAGAUCAAAGAAAUCAUGGAUUACCCCGAUCCUGGUUGGCUCUUGCUAAACGCGGAAGGCACGCGUUUUACGGAGAAAAAACACGAAGCAUCGAUUAAAUUUGCUCGCGAACGUGGAAUGACCGAGCUGAAACAUCAUUUGAUUCCCCGCACCAAAGGUUUUACUGCUAGUUUGCCGUACCUGCGCGGCAGAAGCUCCAUUCUAGAUAUUCAGCUAGCUAUCCCCAAGGACUCACCGGUUAAACCAACUAUUUUCAACAUUCUGAAUGGAAAAAGUAUAACAGCUCACAUGCAUGUCCGUCGUAUCCCAACGGAAACUUUGCCAGAAAAUGAGGAAGAAGCCGCUGAAUGGUUGCAGGAGUUGUUCCGCCAGAAGGAUAUUAUGCAGGAUAGUUUCCAUACCCACGGUGAUUUUUUCACCGGCUCCGGAGUUGUGAAGAAGGUUCCAAUAAAAUUUCAACCGCGCCUAUCUUCUUUCGUUAAUAUGGUGGCAUGGAACGUGAUAACCGUAGUUCCCAUGUCUUACUAUCUCGUGCAGCAGUUGGUUAGUGGGGAGAUUUUAUAUUUUUCCAUAGGCUCGUCGAUUCUUGUUGCUUUUUACGCAUUAAUGGUGAAGGCAAUUGGAAUGUCAAAAAUUAGUAAAGCUUCCACGUACGGAUCGGAUAAGGUAAGUGGAGAGAGUGUUCACAACGGAUCAUCAUCAAAGCAGGCAUCUACUGAUACGUCGAACUAGUAGUUGCGCUACUGACUAGUAUGAAAGUGGAUUGUAUGUUGUAUAUCUUUGGACCUUCGAAACAAGCCCGAAUCAUAGAUUAGUUAUUCUACCCAAGAACAAUAAUUUCCUUCAAUUUUUGGAGACUGCUUUUGCUCUAAGCAAAUAUAAUACUUCUCGGAAAUGCUAUUUUCUAAAAAAUCACGGACGUGCGUUCAACCACCAUCAACUAGUGAGCCAAAGUUUUGCUACACAGGAUUUUAUUCAACGGUUUUAAAUGAAUGAAAGAAACAAGGCACGGAGUAGAUUUCUCCAGAACGAUGGUUGGGUCAAAUAAUGGAGUUUUCAACUAGUAUGGUGUAUUGCCGUUGCUAUAGUUUGUAUCAUUUACAUACACAUGUAUAUAUCCUUAUACAAAAAAUCUAUUACCCAGAUAAAACGAGCUAGCGAAACGCGAAAUGAGCGAAAACAUAAUAGAAUGUACUAUUUAUUGCCGACUUUUCGGUUUAAAAUACUUUACACCAAGCAAUGAAAUUAUGAUAUUUGAAAGGGAUUUAAAAAAGCAGAGAUACGCAUAAAAUGAACUGAAUGUAAAGUGAAACAAGCAUAAAUUUUUAAAUACUCAGUACAAACUUUCCCACAAACUGGAUUAUACAUUCGUUGAUUUGUUUUUUUCACGAUGUUUGAAUACCGACACAAGUCAAGUCAUACAAUAUAUUUAAGUUAUUACAGAAAUAUGAACAUCGUCUCACCAACAAAACAAUUACAUAUUGUAUUUCUGCUUUUUCUCCUUUUUAUUGCGUUUUAAAAGAUAUAUCCCAAUUAUCAAGUAUGCAACAUGCCCACAAAAGAAUUCAUCUAAAUUUUUAGAAAUCGAUCUUUAGUACGAUUUUGUAUGCGAAGAAGACUUAACCUAGCCAAAAAUAAAGAAAAAAGUAAAUGACCGCACACUACCGUGUCUAUCCUGACAAUGCUAGAAUUGCUGAAGCCGAGCUUCCUUAUUAUUAGUAUGAAUGCAUUAUUGUUCGAUUAGUUUUAAAAUAAGUUCAACACUUUAAAACAAACAAUCUUCCGUGAAGUUCUACUUCUAUUAAAAUAUGCUUCAAGAAGCUGGUGAGAUGAAUGCAACAGUCAAACAAUUCAUAUGAAUAAUAGCUCGAAGAGAACUAUAAACAUGACUGGACAAUUAGAGUCCUGCAUGUUUCUCACUAGCAUCUUAUCUAUGUUUAAACAGGCUUACACUCUAAAUACACAUAGAAAAGGUAUCUGCAGACAGUUUAAUAAAUGAUGUUGUAGUUGUUA